AUGCCACCCUCGCCAACCCGGAACGAAUGCACGUUAGCGAGUGGUGAGCCAGAGUCUCCCAGCCACGAGCAGCUGCAGCUUUGUGCUACGAGCCAAGCAUCCCCGCUCGCGUCAAGGGAGAAGAACCACCACGCAAUCUAUCGCAACGGGUAUGCUCUCAAGGAGAAACCACCGUCUUACAAGCCUUACAACCUCUACACUCCAGGCCGUCGCCGGCGCCAGGCCUUCGCAUUCAAGCGCAAUCUACCACCAGACAUCGCUCCAGCCGGGCCUCUGUCAACUCGUCAAUGGAGCAUGCUGGCGCGCGGUGCAAAAGCCAUUCCGCUUGCUGGUGAUGUCAAGGAACUACAGGCGACGUUCGCGUCAGACCUAGCUCCGCGACAUGUCUGUGUGAUUGCGCCGACUGGGUUUGGCAAGUCCCUUCUAUGGACUCUGCCACUCCUCGCCCUGGAUCAUGGUGUUGUCCUGGUGAUCACACCUUUCACAAGUCUUGGGGAGGAAGGCGAACACCAGACAAAUACGCUCGGUAUUGUGUCCGCAUUCGUGCACGCCGGUCGUAAGGACACAAAGACACUUGAACGGGUCGCAAGCGGUUUCUACCAUGUGACAUAUGUCUGCGUCGAGAUGCUGGAGUCACCAGUCUUUGCGCAGAUCUUGUACUCUGAAUGGUACAAAUGCCAACUCGUCGUGAUCUUCAUUGACCAGGCACAUUGCAUGCAUGAGUCUGAUACGUGGCGCUCUUCAUACAGCCGGUUGCAUCAGCUGCGAAUGGUUGUGGGGAGUACAAUCCCGCUCCUUGCUAUGUCCGCUACUCUGCCCUCACUGUACCAAACGUCGCUCAUCACUCAUGCGGGUUUGAAAGAAAACUACACCCUCUUCAAUGCUGGAAACUUCCGCCCGGAGCUCUCAACGGUGAUCAUACAUAUGGAGCAUGACGCGAAGAGCUUCAAGGACCUGCGGUUCAUGCUGCCUCGUGCCGGGCAGAUGCUUGCGGACAUAGACAAGUCACUAGUCUACUGUGACGACACCAUGUUGCUCAUGGAGAUGUUGUACUGGUUCCGACAGAAGCUCGAUGAGAUCUCCAUUCCUGGAAGAGCCGUCGACAUUCUGCACGCCGGCUUAUCCCCCAAUCAUCAAGGCCGAGCCCUGGACGACUUCCAAACAGGCUGUACACGGAUUCUCCUAUCAAUGGAGAAGCUCAGCGCUGGCAUGAACUUUCCUGCUGUGAAACACGUCACUCAAUAUCUCUGCAGUGGUCGCACAAUGGCAAAAGCAGACCAGCGGUGUGGGUGUGGUGCGAGAAGUCCUGGGAUGAUUGCAAUUGGCUAUUGCAUUGCAGAGAAGAAGUUCAAGCGCGGAGGCAAAUUGAGUCCGCAGAAGCCCGGCCGCGAGGACCCUGGGAUCAUUGAAUUGGUCCAGACGGAGCUGUGCUGCAAUGCUGUCUUUGACCAAUAUCUGGAGAAUCCCCCACGCUCCUCUGAUACCAUCUCUCUCCCGCGCCGUCUCUGCUGCUCAAAUUGCUUUCCCCAGCUCAUCCCUCCCUGUGAAUUCAAGUUCAUCAUGGUGAAUCCCACAGAAGACGAGUCGCAACGGAAUGAACACCGGAUUACCGGCAUCGCAAGGCAGACAGUGCUGGCAUGUCUCCAGGACUGGCAAGAGAGUGAGUGGCGAGAGCGAUGGCGUGUGCGUUGGCCUCUGUAUGGCCCCAAAUCGCUGGUCUCUGACAAGGACCUUGAGACCGUAGCAGACCAUGCAGGUGCAAUCACGCAGGUCGGUGAUCUGUACCCAUUGUCCCACAUUGUUCACUGGGAUGAGCUUGCCAAGUCACUCUUUCGUGCGGUCCAGUCAGCUCUUCACUCAACAAGCAUGGAUGUUCCCGCCAUUCCCAGUGUCACCGCCACCGCUAACUGA